UUCAUCAAAAGAAAUUAAAAGAGAAGAAAAUUAAAAUUUGAAUUCCUCCAUGGAUUAGCAAUUCGAGCGCCCUAUAAAAUUCACCCCAAAAAAGAAACAGAGCAUGGCUGAAACUACAUCUUCAACAUUAUCACCCCUUCAGUCGACAAAUCCGAUGAUGAUGGACCCUUCAUUAUCAACUGCGACACCGAUAUCAUCAUCGGCGACGGCAAAUAUUAACCCAACGCCAACACCAACACCACCACCGACGACGACGACAACGUUAAUGCCAGCACCCUUAACGAAUACCUUAAUACUUCCUCAAAGUAACAACCCUUCUCUGCAAAUCCCUCCUCCUUCUCCUUCCAUUGAACCCUCACUGCAAAAUCCACAGCAAAGUUUACAACAACAACAACAGCAGCAGCAGCAAAUCUCGCAAAUUUCGUCUCCACCUCUCCUACCUCUUCCCCAACAACAGCAGCAGCAGCAGCAACAACAACUUUUACAACAACAACAAACGCAACAAAAUGUUGCUGUUUUAUCCAAUUUCCAAAUCCAACAACUUCAAAGAUCCCCAUCUAUGCAACGCCUUAACCAACUCCAACAACACCAAAGCCAACAGCAGCAACAACAGCAACAGUCUCAAUAUGGCAACGUUUUAAGACAACAAGCUGGGUUAUAUGGGCAAAUGAAUUUUGGUGGGUCAACUUCAAUUCAAGCAAACCAACAACAGAACCAGCAGAAUCAACCGAUGGGCAAUCCCAAUUUAUCAAGGUCAGCUUUGAUCGGGCAAAGUGGUCAUUUGCCUAUGCUCAGUGGUGCAGCUGCAGCUGCUGCUGCUCAGCUUAGUUUGCAGUCUCAGCUUUUAGCUUCGCCGAGGCAGAAAGCUGGCUUGGUGCAAGGGUCUCAGUUUCAUUCAGGAAACCCAACCGGCCAAUCUUUGCAUGGGAUACAGGCAAUGGGGAUGAUGAAUCUGAGCUCACAACUAAGGGCUAAUGGAGCUCUUUCUGCUCAACAGCGGAUAAAUCAGGGACAGAUGAGGCAGCAGUUAUCGCAACAAACACAACUCACAUCUCCUCAGGUUCAAAGCUUACCUAGAACAUCUUCUCAGGCAUUUUUAAACUCUCAGUUAUCAGGGCUGGCUCAGAAUGGACAACUGGGUAUGAUGCAUAACACUCUCUUGCCACAACAGUGGUUGAAGCAAAUGCCGUCAAUAUCUGGUCCAGGCUCACCUUCCUUCCGCCUUCAGAGGCAGUCACAGGUCCUCUUGCAACAGCAACUGGCUUCUUCUUCUCCUCAGUUGCAGGCCUUGAACCCUCAGCUAGUACAACAACAGUCACAAAUGGGACAUCCUCAAAUGCAGCAGCCACAGCAACAUCAGCAGCAACAGCAACAGCAACAGCAGCAGCAGCAGCUACAACAACAACCUCAACAACAAUUACAACCACAACAAUCACCAUUGCAUCAGCCACAACAGCAGCAGUCUCCAAGGAUGCCAGGACCUGCAGGCCAGAAAACUCUCAGUUUGACAGGAUCACAGCCUGAUGCAACUGCAUCUGGUACAACCACACCUGGGGGAAGUUCAAGCCAAGGAACUGAGGCAACCAAUCAACUUCUUGGAAAGAGAAAGAUACAGGAUCUGGUUUCACAGGUUGAUUCGCAAGGAAAGCUGGAACCAGAAGUUGAAGAUCUACUUCUGGAGAUUGCUGAUGAUUUCAUAGACUCUGUGACUACUUUUGCAUGCAGUUUGGCCAAGCAUCGGAAAUCAUCAACAUUAGAGUCCAAGGAUCUCUUGCUACACUUAGAGAAAAACUGGCAUUUGACUAUUCCUGGAUUUUCAAGUGAAGAGUGGAACCGAACAAGACCUUCAUCAAGUGACCUCCACAAGAAGCGUCUUGAUAUGAUACGGGCGCUGAUGGAAUCAUCACAGCCUGAAACAAAUGCAAAUAAUCCUAAAGAAAUGAUAAGACAGGGGCUCGGCAACCCAGUUAGUGCAAACCAUUUAAUGAGACCUUCGCCAAGUUCCGAGCAGUUGGCUUCACAAGCAGCUGGUUCACAAAUGCUGCAGCAAAUAACUCGGUAUUGAUGGAGAGAAGUUGCCAUUCAUAAUUUGGAGCCAAAUUCAAUGUUAAUGGCUAUCUGGACAUUGCAGGUUAUGGUAACUGAAGCUUAAGCUCGAGUGGAUUGACAAAAGCAAAAGCUAUAAUUACUUGGUAAGUAUCAGAGACUUGGAACUAGGGGAAAAGAUUACACCAUUUGAACAUCUAAUUUAUCAUUUUCUGUUCAUGAUAUAUGUUGUAAGUGAAUUUAUCAGUGAGGUCUAUGCGGAGAGUCUGUUCCCCAGUUCAAGCUUCUUUGCCUCGAUGGCAUAUAGAGCUUGGCCUGGAUGCGCGCAGAUUCUUCUUUAUUAUUUAUUUAAAAAAUUAUUUUUCAUGAUUUUACUUGAUCCCUCAUUUGGGUUUUAGACAUAAACUACUAGGCUCUCAAAGCACAUUGAUUCAGUGAUUGUUCUGUUAGGGUAAGUUCUUGUCACUGAAUGGUGCAUUCUUGCAACAUGUCUUGAUUUAUGGGAUUGAACUACUGUUCAUUAUUAAAACACUAUCUCAAGCUUUAAAAAAUUAAUAAUCAUGAAAUUAUCAUAUGCAUCCCAUUAACCAAUUUCUCCAUAAAACAUCAAGUGUUUGCUAUGCAUCAUCCUGCACAAAAACCACCUAACUAUGUCAAUGGGAUUUGUUGAGUUUGGUAAAGAUCGAAUAUUU